UAGAGUAUUAGACCUUCCCCUACGCUCCCAAUCCCAUCAAAUCCAUCAUCUCCUCUCCUCUGUAGUCUACUCUGCUUCUCUCCGAUCCAUUCCCCCAGUCCUAAACUUUCACCUAUCCCCUCGAACACCCAAGUCCAAAGUCCUAAACUUUCACCUUUGGAUUGUCACCCAUGGACCCACCACCUCCUCCGAAUCCCAAUCCUUAUCCACCGCCGCCCAUCCCCACCUCCGCCGCCACCAUCUCCGCCGUCCCAACCGCCGUGGAACCUGACAACAACGCCGCCGCCGCUCAUGUAGCUGCCAACCCCACUCAUGCUCCUGCCCCUACUUUCAACCACCCUCCUUAUGCUGAGAUGAUAUACACAGCUAUUGCAGCGUUGAAGGAGAGAGACGGGUCGAGCAGGAGAGCUAUAGCUAAGUACAUCGAGCAGGUCUACCCGAGUCUCCCACCAACUCACUCGGCCUUGUUGACUCGCCAUCUCAAACGACUCAAGAACUCUGGUCAUCUUGAGAUGGUCAAGAAGUCGUACAAGAUCCCAGGCCCUCCCAGAUCUGACGCUCCGCCUCCUCCUGCAACCGACUCUCCUGCUCCUACCUCUGUUUCCUCUCCCGGGCAGCCCCGUGGCCGCGGCCGUCCUCCCAAGCCCAAGCCGGAACAGCAGCAGCCACAGUUGAUUGUUUCCCAACCGCAGCAGCAUCAGUAUCAGCAGCACAUUUUGCAACAGCCCAUUCCGAUUCCGCAGCAGCCAAUUCCCAUUCCUCAACAGCCAUUUCCUAUUCCCCAGCAGCCAAUUCCCAUUUCUCACCCGCCAUUUCCCAUUUCUCAACAGUCAUUUCCCAUUUCUCAACAGCCGAUUCCCUUUUCUCAACAGCCAUUUUCCAUUUCUCAACAGCCGAUUUCGGUUUCAAUUCCAAUUCCAAUUCCAAUUCCAAUUCCGCAACAGCCAAUUCCCAUUCCCCAACAACACCCCAUUGUCCAGCCCAAUUUUCAAUCUUUUCCACAGCCCACCCUGCCGCAGCAGAGCUUUCCCGAGCCCAAUGUUCAGCAGCAGCCCAAUUCUCAGCCCAUGCCCGUGGAUGAGCCUAAGAAGCGACCCGGCCGCCCACGCAAAGCUCCGGCAGCCCUUGCCAUAGGGCAGAAUAGCCCGGUUGUGUCAGCCAAGAGGGGCAGGGGUCGUCCACCGGGGUCUAGGAUGUCAAAGAAGAGACCAGGCCGUCCUCCCAAACCCAAGACUGUUUCGAGUGUUUCGGGUUCUAAUGGCCUGGUGAAGAGGAGGCCAGGACGUCCCUCCAAAGCUGAGCCCAGGACUGUGUUUAUUCCAUAUGCUACUAAUGUGCCUAUAAUUGGAGCAUUUGAACAGACCAAUGGGCCCGGUGCAGUAGUCCCACAACCAGCACCAAGGCCCAGAGGUCGGCCCAAGAAGGAUAAGUCGGCUGCCGCCUCUUCUGGUGUGGCCGCCGGCAGUGGUAAGCCACGGGGUAGACCGCCUCUGGUUCCGGGGGUGGAGCGGCCCAAGUUAAGUAGGAGUGGGAGGCCCGUGGGCAGGCCCAAGAAGGAUGCAUCACUGGCAAUAACUGCAGCACCUGAUCCAAAUUUAGCUGCCAAUGCUGAAUUGAAGAGGAAACUGGAAUACUUUCAAUUAAGAGUGGGGGAAGCUGUUGGCGUGCUAAAACCUUUCUUGAACAAUGAAAGCACAGCUGGUGUCGCUGCUGCAAUCCAAGAAUUAGAAGGGCUUGCAACCUUGGACAUCACUGCCCCAUUAAAUAUUGCAACUCAACAGCCAGCGCUCCAAAGUUGAGAAAGCCUUUACUUGUGUUGUACCUGUUUGUGAGAUGAAAAGCACAUAUGAGGUAAAAAAGGGUCUGUAAAGCGAAUAGGAGGUUAGCAUAAACUAACUGUCUUUAUCGGUAGAGAUGAUGACCUUGUCCAUUUAGUUUGUUGUUUGUGCAAUUUUAGAAUGACCCAUGACUCAUUUGUUCCUUUGUACUUUGUGAUUUUUAUUCAAUUUGAGAAUAUUUGAUCAUCUUCAAUUCACUCA